GGUGGGGCGGCAAACUUCUUUGACCCUUUGAGCUUCUCCUCGUUUUUUCCCAUUCAUCAAAACCCUACCUCACUCACUCCAGUUACUCCCAUCGUUUCCUCUUCGCAUAACUCCUCCGCCUCUUCGUUUUCUCCUCUCGCAUCAACACCGCACCGGCACCGCCUUCUCAGUCCUCACAUUGCAGAAACUUUCUUUACUCUCAGUUCCAAAGAAACCAAUUUCCUCUCCCUGCGUUUGGGAUAGCAGUCGUUUCCGUGUUCUGAGCGAGAGCCGCGGCGGCGGAAGCAGCUUCUCACGCAGGUUUUGCUGUGGGAUGGCAAAUGCAAGCAAUGUGUACAGGUUUCAGGUCUUGCUGCCAAGUGGCUUGAGCAGUAUGCUCACGUUCCAUAACCCUGGUUAUGAAAUAUCUGUUUCUGAUCUCUUGCUUAAGGUUAAGGGGGAGUUGGGCAAUACACAAUGGGAUGUCAAUGGCAAAGUUUAUCUAACAGACUUGCUUGACCGAAUAAUAACAGACAAAAUCAAGUUGAGCAACUUUGACACCAAGAGUGUCAAUAUAUUAAAACUCCAUGAUGGAAAAGGAGGAUCAGCCAGUAUAUAUGAGAAUAUGUGGGACCUUACCCCUCAGACUGAUCUGCUUGAGGAGCUUCCAGCAGAAUAUAGCACUGAGAGUGCUCUUGCUGAUCUUACUGAUAAUGCACUACAAGCUUUGUGGUCAAAUGGCCAUGGAGAAAGAAAGCUGAUCAAGAUAACUCUUGACAAAGAAAAGAUCGUGAUUUUUGACACUGGUAGGGGCAUGGAUGGUUCAGAUGGGAACUCUAUCUCUAAAUGGGGGACAAUGGGUUCUUCAAACCAUAGAGUAUUUCGGCGAAAAGGUAUUGGCCAGAAAGCGCCAUACUUAGUGCCCUUCUUUGGCAUGUUUGGUUAUGGUGGAACUAUUGCCUCAAUGCAUCUUGGAAGAAUUGCUAUAGUUUCCUCUAAAACCAAGGAAUCAAAAAAAGUGUUUACCUUGCACCUUUCAAAGGAAGCCUUGCUGAAAAACCCAUCGUCUAAGAAUUCCGAGCACACUUGGAAGACUGCUGGUGGACUUAGGGAUCCAUCUAAAGAGGAGAUCUUGUUGUCACCACAUCAAAGUUUUACCCAGGUCGAGAUCUGUGGGCUCAAAGCACACUUGGAAGAAGCUAGACUUCGUGGUUUUUUGAAGGACAUAUAUUUUCCAUACAUACAGUAUGAUGAGGAUAGUGAAUGGAGAAAUACAAGGAACCCAGUGGAAUUCGAGGUUAAUGGAGUAAAUUUAUCAGAGGUACCAGAGGGUGAAGUCACAGUAACUAAUAUGCACUCUUCAAAUGGUCCUGAUUUCAUUGUGCACAUGAAAUUUACACAAAAAGCAACAGCUUCUUGUAUAGCCCAUGCGCGGUUGAGGUGUGUGUAUUUUCCAAUCAUACAGGGAAAAGAAUCUAUAGAUUCUAUCUUGGAGAAGUUAAGAUUUGAAGGCUGUGAAAUAAAAGAAAAUUUUGAUAACUUCUCUCGUGUAUCAAUCCGGAGGCUUGGACGUUUACUUCCUGAUGCUAGAUGGGGUUCUCUUCCAUUCAUGGUACCUAAACAAAAAAAAGGCCAAAAGGCUGAGUUUUUUAGGCGAUGCUGCAAGAGGGUGAAAUGCUUUGUAGAAACAGAUGCAGGGCUUUAUCCAACGCGGUCAAAGACUGACUUAGCACAACACGAUCCGUUUACGAAGGCACUUCGUAAUUGGGGUAGCAAUUACUUGAACAGUAGCUCAGCUGAGGAGGUUGAUAUUGAAGCACAUGGUAAAGAUGGAAAAUUACUAAGUCAUAAGCAGUUCGAGAAACAGUAUUAUGAUUGGAUCACGGAAAUGCAUGAAAAGUAUGAUGCGGAAAUGGAUGGUGGAGAUGAUGAACCCACCCUUAUUAUCAAUCCAAGUUGCAAGGAGCGACUUGGAAUAUCCAUUGAUGUUGAAGUCGUUAGAGUUCAUACGUCAAUUAGCAGAAGAGGGCAAACGUGGAGGAGAGGAGAUCAUCUUAAAAUACUUAAGGGAGCAAUUGGGCAGGUGAAAACUAGUUUCUAUACACUGAAAAAUUCUUUGUGUACCACUUUGGAGUACAUUGUCGUUGAGGGACUGCAAGGAGACAUUUGUGGUGAAGCCCGCCUUAUAUGCAGGCCUAUUGAGUACCCUGAUGGGCAAGGAUGCUAUAUUAGUAAAGCUGAAGACACAAGUCCCGAUAUCUAUAUCCAAGAGUCAGUGUCCUUUCCUGUCAGCAUUAUAGAUGAUGGAAAGUGCAAAAUAAUGGAUGAUGGUUCUUGGAAUCAAAUGCUGAAAAAGAGAAAGGAGAAGGCUCCUGCAUCAAUAGAAGUUAUAAGAAAUAUUCAUGGACUAGGAGGGGAUCUACCAUACGAAGAUGUCAUGGCUGGUUAUCAACAACCACAUGAGAUCAUAGCUGUUUUGCGGCCAGGAAAUUAUAAGCCUAGCUCCACUAAUCUUCCUGACCAGAAGAAUAUUGUGAAGGAUGAUGAUCUGGAGAUGGUAAUGGAGGUUAGAUAUUUGAUGAGUAAAGAUGGUCCUGCAAAAUUAAUACAUAAAAGGGUGAAGCCCUCAUCACAUAAUGAUAUAGAUGGCCUGUAUGUAUUUCCAUUGAGGGGAGAUUCACUUAUCUUUAGCAAAUCUGGAGUUUACCAGUUUAUUUUCUCUGUGGAUUGCAGAGACUCAAGUGUCAUUCAUCAUAAGAGUACUUUAACAGUUUGUCCAGACACAAACUCUAGGCAAUUUAUUUUCAGUGUUGCGGACUUUUCCACUGAUAAAACUUUUGUGGAUAUAAGUUACUCUUUGCCUUUCCAGUUUGAUAAGAAUAGAUAUUACAGGGUUGGGUGUCCAAUUAGAUGUCUUGCUGUUAGAAGCCAUGACAAGUAUGGGAACAGAAUUCCUUUUCUUGAUACAUCUAGCGUUAUUGCAACUAUACUCUAUGGUGAUGAUGUUCUUGCACAAGUUGAUAAUAUUGAGGUGGAACUUUCGUCAGAUUCAUUAACUUUGAAUAUCAUGGAUUUUCGGUUCAAAACCAGCAAUUUGGAUCUGCUACGGCCAAAGUAUGAAGCCAAAUUGAAGAUUUCUUCAUCUGCUGAUGAGUUUUCUGGUAUCUGUCGAUGUGAAGUUAAACCAGGCCAUCCAUCAACCAUUAACAUCGACAUGUCCCUUUUCCCAGAAAAGAAUUUAACUCCUGGAAGAUUGAUUGAUAAUUUCUUUCUGGAGGUGUUCGAUCAAUUCAGCAAUCAUGUUGAAGAAGAAACAAAACUCAAUGUCCAUGUUGAUGGAAUGUGUUUUCUAGACAAACAAUUCUCUGUUCAGAAGGUAAAUAGUACAGGUUUUAUUGACCUUUGUGGGAAACUAAGAGUUGUCUGGGGCUUUGGUUCAGAAGCUUGUAUAACAAUUUUUCACAAUGACAAGGAGAUCUUCACGAAAAUAUUUCAAAUAGCCACAAGAGAAUUAAAAGCAGUAAAUGUUCCAGAAAGUUGUCGGGCAGGAUCCUUCUUGGAGAACAUCACAUUUGAAGUUUAUGAUAGUGACGGUCUCAUUGAUGAAUCCAUUGAUGGACCUCUUCAUACACUCAACAUCACAUCAAAUGAGUUAGCACUAGUGGAAGGAGCACAGUAUGCUAUUAAACAUGGAAGGUGUGUUCUUUCUCGUGUGCAGCUUCCUCAUGAACAAGGAACAGUCACUAUUAUGGCAUAUCACACAUAUUAUCCUGAUGAUCUGCAUAUAGAGAUUCAGCUUCAAGUUCAAUCUUUUGAUUUGGCGUUGACCACCUUGGAGGAUGGAUCUGAACCUAUUUUGAGCUGUCCAAUCUCAUUUAUAGAAUGUUCAAAUCUUUCACUUCCUAGUCAACUUGCUCCUGGUCAACCUAGCCAUCUUAUCACAUAUGUGAAAGAUGUUGUUAAGAAAACUAAAAAUAAAGUUGGAGAUACCCUCUCGAAGAUAAAGUCUACAGAAGAGACACUGAAAAGUCUUUGUUCUCGUAAGGGCUCACUGGAGAAACAAAUUGACACUAUAAAAGAUGAGAUUCGGUUCAUGGUUGGGUCAUUCAUUGAUGCAAAGGAGUUGGUUCGUGAUAAAAUUAGAGAAAAUAUUGGCACUGCUGCUUGUGUCGUAUGUUCCAGUGGUGAUUUUUUUGUGGAUGACGUUGUUGGUAUUGUUGCCCUACUUGGAACUGUGCCUGAUGGCAAAAUUAGCAGGAUGCUUGCUGUGUAUCUUGGCAAAGAUGACAUGCUCUCAGUAGUUUGCAAGACACAGGAAGCUGCUAAUUACAUUGAGAAAUACAACACUGAUGGAGGAGUGGAUGUUGACUUUGGUAUUCACCGUGAAGCAUCUGCUUUGGGUGUUCCCAUAAAGAGAAGAUUUGCUAUCAUUUGCUUAGAAGAUAUUGAGCCCUACAAAGGAGGCGUUUUGCUGAACAGUCCACAAAAGGAAUUAAAUCUAGCUUGGCCUUCUCCACAUGCUAGUAAACCUAAGGGAUUCAGAGGAUUUGCUGUCAAUAUGAUAAAUCUUUCUGAUGAUAAUCUGAACAUAACCACAAGUAGAGGGCAUGGACUCCGUGAAACUUUAUUUUAUAGUCUCUUUGGAGAGCUUCAAGUUUAUGAAACCCGAAACGAUAUGCUCCAAGCGAUGCCUUAUUUGAAUGGUGGAGCGAUAUCAUUGGAUGGUGGUGUAAUGAAAGGAAAAGGGAAACUACUUCUUGGUUACAGUGAUCCGAAGAUAACGUUUCCAGUCGUCUCUGGCUUGCCCAAUACCAUCACGAGCGAGUCAAACGACCAUCUGGAUGUCGUCACAAGAACAAGAAAUCUUGAUAGUAAAAUGAAGCUUUUGGAAGUAAUCGAGACCAAGAUAAGCGAACAGAAAAGGUUGCAUGAGGAACUUGUGAAGGAAUUCAACAAGAGAAAACGCAAGUUUGAGGAGAUAGAAGAGAGAAUAACCCAGCCCUGUGGUAAUGAGCUUGUGCUGCGCGACCUUCAGCAGGUGAAGGUGGAGGAGCCUGAUCCGUAACUCAUGUACGCUGCACGCAGCAGACCUAUGACAUAGUUUAGGACAUCUCUUGGUUGUGUGGUUUCCCGCCAAGGGACAUGCCUGCCUAACAUGGCAAGAUAUGUAGUAGACCCAGAGCAAAGCAUAUCUUAAUUACUAGUAGCUUAUAUAUGCAUGAAUUGAAUGCUUUUGAUCAAAAAUUUUCAUCGCGUCGAGAGGCUGGUGGCCUAUUACUUCCAA